CCUUUGACAUCACGUAGUCGCGGGGUCGUGACGCUUCACAUGUGCGAAGAAACCUUAAAAGCCCUGCUACAGCGAUGCCAGGCAAAUACGAGCUGAAAAUUAACAAAAAGUUUGCAGAGCGUUACGAAAAGUACCGACAGAAGGAGGAACUGCAAAAACUGAAGGACCGCUAUGGUGACAGUGGGGAUGAGCUGGACACCUCUGAAUCAGAGGAAGAAGAGGGCAGUGAAGUGGAGAUUGAUCCCAAGGUGGAAAGAGAUUUCUAUAGGACAUUGUCCUUGUUGAAACAGAAGGACCCAAGAAUUUAUGAGAAAGACUGUACAUUUUACAAUGACGAAGAGCUGCCAUCAACGAGUACAAAGAGCUCCACUAAGCAAAAAGUGGAAGAACAGUCCAUGUUUCUGAAGGACUAUGAGAGGAAGGUUAUUUUGGAAAAGGGGGGAAAGUAUGAAGAUGAAGAUGAAAGUGAUGAUGAGGAACAGCAGAAAAUAAAUGAGAGAGCUGCUUCCCCGAGUUACAUAAAGGAGCAGAAGGAGAUCAAAGACAGUUUCCGCAAAUUUAUUGAAGAUAGUGAUGAAGAGGAGGAGGUUGUUGAGCUUCUGACUCGAAGAGUAAAAAGUCAGGAGGAGAAGGAUAAAGAAGAGGAAGACUAUCUACAGUGGUUGAAGGGACAAGAAGGAGAGGCCAGUGCAGAUAUUCAAGAUAUGAAAUACUUGCGAGAUUACUGGAAUGACCCUAAGCUGGACGAUGGUGAAAAGUUUCUGCGAGACUAUGUGCUUAACAAGGGUUACCUGGAUGAGGAGAAUUCAGAUGGCGAGAUCCCCACAUACGAUGAGAUUGUGCAGGAGGAGGUGGAUGACUCGGAGGAUGAGGGCGAGCUGUUUCUUCAGAAGCAGGCAGACUUUGAGAGACAGUACAACUUUCGCUUUGAAGAGCCUGAUGCCAAUGUGAUUAAAACCUAUCCCCGCACAAUUGCCUCUUCUGUCCGGACAAAAGAUGUUCGGAGAAAACUGAAAAGGGAGGAAACUAAAGAGAGGAAACAGAAGGAGAAACAGCAAAAACAAGAGGAACUGAAACAACUCAAGAAUCUGAAGAGGCAGGAGAUCCUCACUAAACUGCAAAAACUCAAAGAGCUGACUGGCAAUGAGACAGUGGGCUUUAGUGAAGGGGACCUGGAGGGGGAUUUUGACCCCCAGCAUCAUGACAAGCUAAUGCAGAAAUUUUUUGGGGAUGAAUUUUAUGGACAAGAUGAAUCCUAUAAGCCUCAGUUUGAGGAAGAAGAUGACCUGGGUGGAGAGUGGAACUGGGACAACUGGACUGGGAAUGAUGAAGAUUAUGUGGAAGAAGAGACUUACGAGGCCUACUGUGAAGAUCCAGGCUUCAUUAUGGAUGCUGACUACGAUCCCAGUGAACACUCAAGCUUGUCUAAGAAAAAGAAAAAGAAAUUAAAAGCAGAAGCAUCGCUUAGGAAAGGAAAGAAGCGGAAAUCCCACUUUGCUGAAGUUCUAAACCAAUCCAAGCCAACCUUUGACCCCAAAGAUAAAAGCUUUGAGCGAUACCUGGAUGAGUACUACCAGCUGGAUUAUGAGGACAUUAUUGACGACCUGCCCUGCCGCUUCAAGUACAGGCAGGUCAUCCCCAAUAGCUUUGGACUGACCACAGAAGAGAUUCUUGGCGCCGAUGAGAAGGAACUGAACCGAUGGUGCUCACUGAAGAAGACCUGCAUGUUCAGGUCCGAGAGGGAGGAACGGGGCGAUUUAAAAACGUACCAAAUCAAGGCAAAGGACAUCCGCAAGAAGCAGCAAAUCCUGAAGUCCCUCAACAUGGAGGAGGAAGAGGCCUUGAAUGUGCAGCAGGAAGGCAAAGUCAAAGUGGGUAAGAAACGGCGAGAGCGGCUGAAGAAACAGCAGGAGGGAGACGAAGCAGAUGAGGACACCGAGCCCACAGCCAUGAUGGAGCCCGUCUCUUCCAUGGGUCUGGAGGAGGAGGAGGAGGAUAAAGAAGAGGAGGGAACUUCCUUCCUUCAGCCAAAGAAGAAGAAGAUGAAAACCGAACCAAGUGAGGCCCACCCGGUGUCCCCCACCAAGCAGCUUAAGAAACGGAGAGCUGGUGGCAGCAAGAGACUCCUGCCAGGCUCCAUGCUUCUGAAGGUGGGCGGCCGACAGUUCAGUGGGCAAAGACUGCAGGCGUACGGCUUGAACCCCAAGAGGCUGCGCUUCAGACAGCUGCACCGGCAGAAGAGGAAGAAGCAGCAGAAGCAGAAAAGAUGAUGAGCCGGGGACUCGACUCGACUUUUUAAUCCUCUUUUUCAAUGACAAAAAAAUUCCAGUGGCCGUUUAGUGCCAUCCCUUCUUUUCUUUUUUUUUUAUACAGUCACCCAGUUUUAAGGUCAUGCCAGUGUGUGGUGCCCUGUGAGGCGGAUAUGGGACAGGUGACGGGGUGCUGUGGCGAUGCCCUAAAUACACAAAAAUCGACAAGAAAACCGACGGGCAGGGAAGUAAACGGCUGGAAUGCGUUACAUUUAAAGAAAAGCCUCGUUACCUCCGUGGGUUUGGUUUCUUUGUACAAAUCUGCUAAUAGUAAUAGAAGAGUUAGUUUGUGCGAUUACUGCCCCAUGUUUCAGA